AUGGUGAGUAUUGAAACACAAAAAACAGUGGCAUUAUUGUUAGAACAUCAAAGAGCAUUAUUAGAAGGUAUGGGGUGUUUUAAAUCAAAAUGUGAAAGGAUAUUAAAGCACAAUCAACAGUUUCAUGAAAUUAUUUUUAUAGUUCUUUCAUUAAUAUUCUCAUCCGAAAGAACCAAGAAUGGAUUGUACAUGCCAUUUUGUUCAGGCUGGUUACAUGCUAGUCAAGCAUGGGGAACGGUUCUUGAAGACUGGUUUUUUGGGACAUUAGAAAACACACUGAAAAAAGCUACUACUGUCAAGGUACUAAAAGUUAAUGACAAAUCUACAGUCGGUGAAGUAAAGAACAUUCUAGGCGGCAGAAUGAGAAAAGCUUACAAUAAGGGAGUGAGCGACUGCAAUUAUGCUGGAAUUUUAGGUAAGUUGGGUCAAAGAAGUCAUACUCUUGUAAAAAAAAUGCACAUUUCAAAGGCAAAGGCAUUGUCAAAAGCUUUGGAAUUUAUUAAACGCAUGCAAAUAGGUUUUCCAAAAGAAAAACAAGGUCAAAUAAUGCAACAAAAAAGGUUAUCCUAUGCUAACAAAAGUUUGAAAUAUCAUACUAUCAAUGCAGAGUAG